AUGGCGCAGGAGAUGAUUCUAGAAGGUAUUGACUGUCAGGGUUCGAGGCCGAGGUGUGUCGGGAAAACCUGGUCGACGAGCAGAAAGGAGGAGAAGGCUGAACAAGCCAGAAUUCUGCCCCUUGAGUUCGGUAACUCAAGAACCGCCAAGAAAUACGAUCCAUGGAAGGGCAUCCUCAAGAACUUGUACAACAAAUACUUCAACGAGAUCUUCACUAGAGCCACGUACAGAAGUAACUUCAAGAUCUUGACCAGCCACCACGGCUGCGAGAACUCUGAAUGGGCCAAGGUCCUCAAGGUCAACACGAGCGUGUGCGUGGAGUGCCAACCUGUGGCCAUGAACCGUGAGGUCGGCAUGAGGUGCCUGGGUCACGGAGUCUUCAAGACGGAGACCGCCUGGAAGGCUGUGGACGUCCCCCACUGUCACGGCACCUGGGAGAUGACGGACGGGCACCAACCGGAAGUCUGCAAGUACGAUCUGGAGCAUGAGAAAAAGACCAGUUUUAUCUUCCUCUGAGGAGAGUUCCUUUAGUAUUGUGGUGUAACAGGCGGUGAAGCUCUGACAUAACUUUGAUUGGUUGAUAUUUUUUUUUUGUUAAAUAAUUUUUUUUUAAAAAUUGAAUGUGAAGACUGAUGAAAUGUGCAUAAGUAAUGAAUGAAAAAAAGGUGUGUAUGUUAUUUUUUUUUUUUUAUUUUACUUUAUUUCAAUCCAUCCACUCAACCUCAUUUAUCAAUAAAACAAAACAAACUGUAUACCACCCGCUCCACCAUUAAAUUUUGUAUCACACUGGAUUAUCUAACAAGCUGGAUUUCUCGAAAAAAUAAAAUCAUUUCAAAGCAAAUUUUAAAAAAAUAUUUUUUUGUUGAUUCUUAUGAUCUUUUGAUAUUUCCAAAUAAAAAUUUCUAUGUUUGAAGUUUUAAUUAAAAUAUCCAAUUAACUAAUUAUUUUGAAAAAAAAAAUGGAAAUCAAUGCAAGAUUCUGUGUAAAUUUGAGAUAAUCUUGUAAAAUCUCACUGAACUGUUUUAAAUGUUUAGUUGGUGUUUCCGAGGUCAUCCCUCACUACAUAAGACGACCAACACUUCUACAAUUAAAAAAAUAAUAUUUAAAUUGUUUUGAAAUUGUAAAAAAAAAAAACUGUUCUAUAACUACAAUAAUUUAGCUAAUGAAUCUUAUACUCAUGACUCAUUCUUCAUUGGCAUUUCUCAUUUUAAAUUUGACGUCACAUCACCACACAUUACACACAAAAUCCAAUGUGUUUCAUAUGUACUUUAUCAAAUUUACUAACACGUUAAAAAAAUAUAGCUAAAUUUCAGUGAUGAAAUCUCUACACUUAGCAACUCCACAUACAUGAAUAAAUAAAAUAAUCUCGACCUUCAUAAAGUGUUUUGUCUUAAUUAACUGUUUUGUUGAUUGUGGUACCCUGCCUAUUUUAGAAUUUAAUUUUAUGCAGUUGAAAAACAAAAUUAUGAAAAAAAUGUUUUAAUUAUUAUAUUGGAUAUAAUUUUUAAUAGAAUUUAACAGUUGUGAAAUUAUUUGAGAAAGCAACAUUAACAUUGGAAAAUAUUAAGAUUUUAUAUAAACAACUGAAGAGAAUUUUAGUCUAUAUAUGUUUUUAAUCAGCAAGUGAUUUUUUUUCUCCUUUUACUAAUCUUGUUUUUUAGUCUAAUUAUUUUUUUAAAAACAUGCCCAAAAUAAUAAAUGGUUUUGAAAAAUGGAACAAAAAAAAUGAAAAUUUUUGUCGAAUAUGAUAAAAAUAAGUGUAAAAUAGUGUAUAGAUUUUAUUUUAUAAAAUGCAGUUAUGUAAUUGUUGAAAUACAAUGUCACCCUAAUAUUAUAUUAACAUUAGUGUUUGUUUACUAAUCCCACUUUUAUAUUAUCUCCCAUAUCAAUUUUUGCAUGCUACCCUCCCCUCACUGACUAUAUAUUAAUGUUCAACUUUUUAAUGGACUUUAUUUUACUGACUUAUAUCUGAGGCUGAAAUAAAAUAAGCUUAAAUAAAAAAAAAA